AUGCUACGCGCGCCAUGGCUCGGGGCGCUCGCCCUGGCGACGAGCGGCGGGCUGUCGGUGCUCGCGGACUACUCGUCGGUGGAAAUCUACUCGGACGCCAACUGCGACUCGGUGCCGCUGGUCGUGACGCUCGAGCUCACCAACGAGACGUGCACGCCCACGGACUCGUGCAGCGCCAUCGAGAUCAGCAACUCGUCCUACUACUACGCCGAGCGCUGCGCCACGGACCGCUUCGAGUACACGUCGCAGCUCUUCAGCGGGGCCAAGUACCUCAUGAUCGACGGCUUCCAGGAGCAGGACUGCCAGUCGUACGUGCGCUCCAACAUCUUCCUGGCCGCGGGCACCUGCCAGCUCGCGUCCUACGUUGGCGCGCGCAGCGAGAUCGCCACGCUCUUCAACGACGGCUCGGCCUACAUGACCAUCUACAACGACUCGGCGUGCGCCACCAAGGCGCAGACGUUCGACCUCAACGCGUCCGUCAUUCAGGAGCACUCGUGCUACUUGGGCUACAACAAGUUCUACACGUCGGACCACACAGGAAUCCUUUCGGGUAGCAACAGUAGCAGUGCGAGCGCCAGCGGCUCCAACUCGACGGCCACUGCCACCAGCUCCCACGACUCAAAGAUGAGCGCGGGCGCGCUGUUCGGCAUCGUCGUGGCAUGUCUGGCCAUCGUCAUCCUCCCUGCGCUGCUGAUCUACUGGAAGCUGCGUCGUAAUAAGCGGAAGGAGAAGCGCGACAGUCGCGGACGCGCCCCCGACGUCGCGCUGGCGGUGAGUGACAAGCACUACAAUGAGGAGCGAUACGCGCCCGAGAUGUCGCCCAGGAGCGACCAGCGGAGCACGCUCAGCUCUCACACAGGAGGGUCCACGCCCGCUCUGCGCAGUAACGAGCUGCGUUGUGACCCACUGCGCAGCGACGAGUUGCGAAGCGUGCCGUUCAAUAGUGACAGGCACGACAAGCGCAGCAGGAAGCCUCGCAGCGAGGAGCUGCGUACUGGCGGCAGGUUGAGGAGCGAGAGGCUCCCCCGCGGUGACUCCAUCGGGCGGAGCGGUCGACUCCACACGGACGAGCUGCGCACGACUCCAGUGCGAGGCAAUAAGCUGCACCGCGAGGAUUUGAGCAACAACACGAUUCACAGCGACCCGGUGCGCAGCGAUCGAUUGAAGAACGAGCGUCUGCGUAAGGAGCGACAACGGAGAGAUCGACCGCGCGGGGAUGAACCGUGCAGUGUCCGUAGCGACCGACAGCGCGGCGACCGCAUGCCUAGUGACCCCGUACGCAGCGAUCGGAUGCGCAGCAUGGAGCUGCGUAGCAACCGCGCCCCUAGUGACCCGGUUCGGAGCGACCGGGCUAACGAACGACCACCAGUGCACGCAGAGAGACUGCGCGGCCCGGUCACGGCCGACAGCGUGUGCAAGGACAACGCCAUUCUGUCGUCCCGCAUCCCGCGCGACGACGUGUUUGUCGAAGACUUGAUCGGUCGUGGAGGCUAUGGAGAAGUGUACAAGGGCACGUAUGAAGGACGAGCGGUGGCCGUCAAGAUGCUGUUCCCGGAGACGCGCAAGAGCACGCGCCAUGUGACCGAGUUCCUGACCGAAGUGAAGAUGAUGACGGUCAUGGACCACCCGCGCGUGGUGGAAUUCGUCGGCGUGUCCUGGAACAACCUUAUGGAUCUCUGUGUGGUCACCGAGUUCAUGGCCGGAGGCGACCUGCGCGCGUGGCUCAGCGACUGCGCGGACAACAAUUCCCCCGUGGGCUUCGACUACACCAAGGUCAAGAUCGCGACCCACGUGGCGCACGCGCUCGCGUACCUGCACUCGCUGACCCCUUCGGUGAUCCACCGCGACUUGAAGAGUAGGAACAUUCUGCUCAGCGAGAGCCAAGACGCCAAGCUCGCCGACUUUGGCGCGUCUCGGGAGCGCGUGGACCGCACCAUGACGGCAGGAGUCGGCACGUCGCUGUGGAUCGCGCCCGAGGUCAUGAUGGGGGAGCGGUACGACGACAAGGCCGACAUGUUCUCGUUCGGCAUCGUGCUGUCCGAAUUGGACUCGCAGCAGAACCCGUACGCGCACGCCAAGGAGAACAACCCGGCCGGACGCAAGAUGCCCGAGACGGCCAUUCUACAGUUGGUCGCCAUGGGCAAACUGCGCGUAGAAUUCUCCCCCGGAGCGCUCAAGGGCGUGGUGCAGAUUGGCACGGCGUGUACGUCGAUCGACCCGACGGAGCGGCCGUCCGCGGCCGAGGCGUUCCGGAAGCUCCAGACGAUUCUGGCACAAGAGGCAAAGAGAGCCGUCAACGCGAAAUGA